UUUUUCGUAAGCAGUAGCGAUUCCUAGUUAAACUGAUCUCCCGGGGUCACCUGAUCUCUAUGUCUCGCAUUUUUCACAGCGAUUCACUUCGCGAUGCCAACGCCUGAGCAAGAAGAACAGGCGAUGUUUUCACGUAAACGUCAGCCCCGGUGAAAAAGCGAAAUGCGGGACGGAAAAUGAUACCGUAAAGAAUAAAACUUUCGAAUAAAAUAAUUCUUUCGUAGAACCACUCGUAAAGUUUUAAACGUCGCUUGCAGGAUUAUCCCAUGAUAGAUCACUGUUACGACGUUGUGAUCGUGGGGGCCGGUGGUGCAGGACUGAGAGCUGCUUUUGGUUUAGGAAGCAAAGGAUACCGCGUGGCGGUGGUUACGAAAUUGUUCCCGACAAGGUCUCACACUGUCGCCGCUCAAGGUGGAGUGAACGCCGCCAUCGAUGAGAAGGAAGAUAGUUGGCUUUAUCAUAUGUACGACACCGUCAAAGGAUCCGACUGGCUAGGUGAUCAAGACGCGAUACAUUUUCUGACGAGGGAGGCACCUCGAGCAGUUUUCGAACUCGAGAAUUACGGUUGUCCUUUCAGCCGCACGGAGGAAGGAAAAAUCUAUCAACGCUCAUUUGGCGGACAAUCGUUGAAGUUUGGCAAAGGCGGCGUGGCUCGUAGAACUUGUGCCGUCGCGGAUAGAACCGGUCACGCGAUAUUGCACACACUAUACGGGCAGAGCCUCCGUUACGACGUCCAUUAUUACGUCGAGUACUUUGCCCUUGAUCUUCUCAUGUACGGACGGUGUUGCAAGGGCGUGUUGGCAUGGGAGCUGGAGACUGGACUUCUGCAUCGCUUCAGAGCUCAUCACACGGUAUUGGCCACGGGGGGAGCAGGAAGAUGUUUCCUAUCUUGUACCUCGGCGCACGCUUGCACCGGAGAUGGUAUGGCGAUAGCCUCCAGAGCAGGACUGCCCCUUGAAGAUAUGGAGUUCAUCCAGUUCCAUCCGACCGGAAUGUACGGCAGCGGCAUUUUGAUAACAGAGGGCAGCCGUGGCGAAGGCGGCAGGCUGGUGAAUUCCAAAGGAGAAUUCUUCAUGGAACGAUACGCACCAGUUGCCAAGGACCUCGCGUCCCGUGACGUCGUCUCCAAAGCAAUAACGAUUGAAAUAUUCGAAGGAAGAGGCGUAGGUCGCAAGAAAGAUCACGUGUACCUGCAAUUACAUCAUCUGCCAGUAGAAACUCUACGCACAAAACUACCAGGAAUUUCGCACCUGGCCUGGGUUUUCGCUGGCGUGAAUGUAAAAAAGGAACCGAUACCUGUCAUACCCACGAUGCACUACAAUAUGGGUGGUAUACCCACGAACUGGCGAGCUCAGGUACUGACGCGAGAAAACGAGGAAGACAGCGUGAUCGAAGGACUCUGGGCAGUGGGUGAAACCGCGUGCAUGUCCCUCCAUGGCGCCAAUCGUUUAGGCGCCAACAGUCUUCUGGAGCUGUUGGUUUUCGGCAAGGCGAUCGCUGAUCAAAUCGAUUGCAUGACCAGACCUGGCGAACGUCACGAGGACCUACCAGCCACUGUUGGCGAAGAUUCUAUUUGCCGUUUCGACGCAACUCGUUAUGCAAAAGGUUGUAUUCCCGUCGCCGAGCUGCGAGAGGAGAUGCAGCAGACUAUGCAGAGAUUUUGCUCGGUGUUCAGAACCUGCGACGUGCUGCAACGAGGAUGCCGCGAGAUAACGCGGCUCUAUACCUGCGACUUGCCGGACAUAUGUGUUCAAGACCAGACUCUGAUAUGGAACACAGAACUGGUGGAGGCAAUAGAGUUGCAAAACAUGAUGUUAGCUUGCAUGCACACCGUUUACGCGGCCGAGAACAGGAAAGAGUCCCGAGGGUCUCACGUCCGGGAAGAUUUCAAAGAACGAAUCGAUGAAUACGACUACUCGAAACCGCUCGAAGGUCAAAAGAAACGAUCAAUUACUGAACAUUGGCGCAAACACACGCUCACCUGGGCUCGACCAGAUGGAUCGAUUAGCAUUUCUUAUCGUCCCGUCAUCGACACGACGCUGGACGAAACAGAAGCCCAACAUGUUCCUCCAUCGGUUCGAACAUAUUAAACACCAUCAUUAAAUCCCAUUGGAGUCUUCACUUUCUCCUGUUCCGUCUGAUUUCUCAUCCAUUUUGUCCGUUUCUUUUUUCUUUUCUUUUAAAUUAACCUAACUAAUACUUUUAACAUUAUCGAUGGCUUACAGCCAUCUCUAUAUUGGCAUGAUUGACAAUCCAAACAGCGAGCUACGUUCGUUAUCUUGAAAUUACAAGAGCAACGAACGAUUGCUUUUAUUUUCUAUUUUUUUUUUUUUUUUUUAAUUUGAGAUAGGCUUUUAAACAGCUUUUGUUCACCGAGUGGAAAAAUGAUGUUAUUGCAAUUAAUUAACUCCGACCGGAGGCGCGGACCUGUGUGUCACCUUAUUUUGCAUAGUCAAUAGACGUAUCAUAUCGCUUGACGACCAGGAACCACGUCCUCCAAAGUGAAAGCCAUUUUUCGCGAGUCUUACCACUUUCGAAUAUUGUAACACGAUUAAAAAUUGCUCCUGUUACUUCCGAUUAUUUUCGUCGAAGAGAAAUUGAUCGUAUGUAAAUUUUGCAUUAAUAUUCGCGAGAUCGAAUGAAAGUUAAUUAUUUGCAUCAAUCUGUAAAAUUUGAUGUUCAAAGAGAAAAAUAUUUUCUUUCGAAAAUUACCGCAUGUGCACAAUGCACGUUCAAUUUCUUAUUUAUAUUCGAUAAGAGCUCUAUAUCCGACACUGAUAAACCAGAAUUUAAAAUUGAGAAAUCUUAAAUAUAUUUUAUAAAGAGUAUUUACUAGUAGGUUUUGUUUUGUUACUUUACUUACUCGUAACACGGAAAAGGAGUACAAAGUUUAAAAAGAUACAGUAUCUUUUGCAUAAUAUUAAAGUUAGUACGUAGAAAAAAACAGUAUUCAAUAAAAUAAAUUGUCCACACUUGAAGAAAUUUGUAUCGUAUAUGGUUUAUUUAAAAGAGAGAGAAAAUUAAUAAAAAAUAAACAUUAUAAAUAAAU